GUUUGCCCGAGAGUCGGUUCUUGGAUGCUGCAGGCUGUGCUCCUGCAGCGUGGGAGCCGCGGCGGCGAUGGGAAUCGUCCAAGUGUGGCUCGCGGUGGCCCUGGCGCUGGCGGCAGUAGCUGUGUUGCCUCCUCCUUCCCAAGGUGCUUGUAUCUAUCAGGGGUCCUUGUUGGCGGACGCCACCGUUUGGAAGCCCGAUUCAUGCCAGAACUGCCGUUGCCAUGGUGACAUUGUUAUCUGCAAACCCGCCAUUUGCAGAAACCCUCGGUGUGCUUUUGAGAAGGGAGAAGUGCUUCGGAUUCCCGCCAACCAGUGCUGCCCGGAGUGUGAGCUGAGAUCUCCUGGAUCUUGCCAUCAUGAAGACAAAGUCCAUGAGCAUGGAACACAGUGGGCCUCUUCCCCGUGUAGUGUGUGCUCUUGCACCCACGGGGAAGUAAGGUGCACCCCCCAGCCUUGCCCACCGCUGUCCUGUAGACACCGCAAGCUGGAACUCACCCCUGACGGCAGCUGCUGCCCAGUGUGUGUGGGCCCUGGAAAACCCUGUUCCUAUGAAGGCCGUGUAUUUCAAGAUGGGGAGGACUGGCAUUUGAGCCGGUGUGCCAAGUGUGUGUGUAGAAAUGGGAUCGCCCAGUGUUUCACAGCUCAGUGUCAGCCUCUGUUUUGUAACCAGGGUGAAACUGUCGUCCGAGCCCCUGGAGAAUGCUGCCCACAGUGCUCUGCACGAUCCUGCCCCGUGGCCGGCCGAGUGUAUAAGCAUGGCGAGCAGUGGAGUGAGAAUGCCUGCACCACGUGUGUAUGUGACCAGGGCGAGGUCCGGUGUCAUAAACAGGCCUGCCCCCCGCUGAGAUGUGACAAGGGUCAGAGCAGGGCUCGCCGUCAUGGCCAAUGCUGUGAGGAGUGUGUGUCUGCUGCUGGAAGCUGCUCGUACAAUGGGAUCGUACGGUACCAGGAUGAAAUGUGGAAGGGCUCCACCUGUGAGUUUUGCAUGUGUGACCGAGGCCAAGUAACCUGCCGGGAUGGAGAGUGUGCCAAAGUGGAGUGUGCCCAGGGUGAAGAAUUAAUUCACUUGGAAGGAAAAUGCUGUCCUGAAUGCAUUUCAAGGAAGGGUUAUUGUGUUUAUGAAGAAAAGGCAGAAUUCAUAUCUUCCAGUAUGAGUGAAGUUAAACAUAUUCCAGAGGGCGAGAAGUGGGAAGAUGGUCCCUGUAGGGUGUGUGAAUGCCGGGCGGCUCAGGUGACUUGCUACGAGCCCUCUUGCCCGCCAUGUCCAGUGGCCAUGCUAUCCCUGGCGGUGAAGGGACAGUGCUGUCCAGACUGCGCAGCAGUUCAUUGCCACCCAGACUGUUUGACCUGCUCUCACUCUCCGGACCACUGUGACCUCUGCCAAGAUCCCACCAAGUUGCUGCAGAAUGGACGCUGUGUGCACAGCUGUGGACUGGGCUUCUACCAAGCUGGCAGUCUCUGUUUAGCCUGCCAGCCUCAGUGCUCCACGUGUACCAGUGGACUGGAGUGCUCCUCCUGCCAGCCGCCGCUGCUGAUGCGGCGUGGACAGUGUGUGGCCGCCUGUGGGGACGGCUUCUACCAAGACCGCCACUCCUGUGCAGUCUGCCACGAGUCCUGCGCAGGCUGCUGGGGGCCGACGGAGAAGCACUGCCUGGGCUGCCGGGAUCCCCUGCACGUGCUAAGGGAGGGCACCUGUGAGAGCAGCUGCGGCGAAGGCUUCUACCACAAGCAGGGCACCUGUCACGCUUGUGAGCAGUCCUGUAAGAGCUGUGGCCCCAGUAGUCCCAGAUGCCUCACCUGUGCUGAGAAGACUGUGUUGCAUGAUGGGAAAUGCGUUUCGGAAUGCCCUGGCGGGUACUUUGCUGAUGUGAGCGGCAAGUGCAAAGUUUGUCAUAAGUCGUGUGCCAGCUGCUCGGGGCCCACAGCCUCUCACUGCACAGCUUGCAUGCACCCCCAGGCUCUGCAUCAAGGCCACUGUCUUUCCAGCUGUGCAGAAGGCUUCUACGCUGACCACGCAAUCUGCAAAGCCUGUCAUCCCUCCUGCCUGGCUUGUGUGGGUCCUGAGCUCUCUCAGUGCACCAGGUGUGUGAAGCCAGAGCAGGGCCUGCAAGUCCAGCAGCUUUCUGGGGCCCAGGUCCUGUCUGGGGAAUGUCUGUCCCUGUGCAGAACCCACUUCUACUUGGAGAGCACUGGACUGUGUGAAGCCUGCCACCAAUCCUGCUUCAGUUGCGCAGGAAAGAGCCCACAGAACUGCACAGUCUGCAGGCCGUCCCAGGUGCUGUUGGAUGGGCAGUGCCUCUCUCAGUGCCCAGACGGCUACUUCAACCAGGAAGGUACUUGCACAGAAUGCCACCCAACCUGCAGGCAGUGCCGUGGGCCUUCGGAGUCCGACUGCCUCUCCUGUCACCCUCACAUCACGCUCACAAGUGGGAUCUGCAGAGCCAGCUGCAAGGAAGAGCAGUUCCUCAACCUCGUGGGAUACUGUGCUGACUGCCACCCUCUGUGCCAGCACUGUGUCGCGGAUCUCCACAGCCCCGGGAGCAUCUGCCUGGCCUGCCAGAACGCCCGCCACCUGCUACUCGGGGACCACUGCGUCCCUCAGUGCCCUUCAGGAUACUAUGCAGAGAAAGGAGCUUGUACAAGAUGCCACUCCUCCUGCAGAACCUGCCAGGGCGGAGGGCCUUUCUCCUGCUCCUCGUGUGACAACAACCUCGUCCUGUCCCACAUUGGCACCUGCAGCGCCACCUGCUUCCCUGGACAUUAUCUCGAUGACAACCGUGCUUGCCAGCCAUGUGACGUGCAUUGUCGGAGCUGUGACUCACAGGCCAGCUGUACCUCCUGUCGAGACCCCAGCAAGGUGCUACUCUUUGGGGAAUGCCAGUAUGAGAGCUGUGCCCCUCAGUACUACCUGGACAUCACCACCAAGACAUGCAAAGAGUGUGACUGGAGUUGCAAUGCGUGCGCUGGGCCUCUGAGGACAGACUGCCUGCAGUGCAUGGACGGCUACGUUCUCCAGGACGGGGCCUGCAUGGAGCAAUGCUUGCCAUCGUUUUACCAGGAUGGGGGCUUCUGCAAGAGCUGUGACAGCCACUGUCUCCAGUGCCAAGGUCCUCAUGAGUGCACCCGCUGUGAAGGGCCGUUUCUCCUUCUGGAAGCCCAUUGUGUCCAGGACUGUGGGAAGGGCUAUUUUGCAGAUCACACAAAACACCAGUGUACAGCCUGCCCUCGGGCGUGCUUGCAGUGCAGCCGUGGGGACCGAUGUCAUGUCUGUGACCAUGGGUUCUCUCUGCGGAGUGGCCUCUGUGUUUCCAGCUGCGUUCCUGACUUCUCUGCCCACUCCUCUAAUGAAACAUGUGCUGGCAAGGUGCACACCCCCAGUCUUCACGUGAAUGGUUCCCUGGCCCUGGCCAUUGGCUCAAUGAAGGCGCUGGACUUUUCCCUCCUGAAUGUGCAGCACCAGGAGGGCAGGGUGCAGGACCUCCUGUUCCACGUAGUGAGCACUCCCACCAAUGGGCAGCUGGUGCUCGCAAGAAAUGGAAAAGAGGCCCAGCUGGACAAGGCUGGCCAUUUUAGCUGGCAAGAUGUGAACGAGAAGAAAGUGCGCUUUCUGCACAGCAAGGACAAACUCAGGAAAGGUUACUUUUCACUGAAAAUUAGUGACCAGCAGUUCUUCUCUGAGCCACAACUGAUCAACAUACAAGCAUUUUCAACCCAGGCCCCCUACGUGCUGAGAAACGAGGUUCUCCACGUUAGCAGAGGACAGCGGGCAACCAUCACCACCCGGCUACUUGACAUCCGAGAUGAUGACAACCCGCAGGAUGUGGUAGUCGAAGUGUUGGAUCCUCCACUUCAUGGCCAGUUGCUCCAAACCCGUCAAUCCCCUGCCAGCCCUCUCUAUCAAUUCCGGCUGGAUGAACUCUCCAGAGGUCUUCUCCACUACGCCCAUGAUGGCUCAGAGAGCACCUCUGAUGCUGCAGUCCUGCAAGUCAGCGACGGACACUCCUUCCAAAACAUCCUGUUCCGCGUGAAGACUGUGCCCAAGGAUGACGGAGGUCUGCGGCUCGUGGCCAACGCCAUGGUGUGGGUGUCGGAAGGGGGGAUGCUGCAGAUUACCAGCAGAAUUCUGCAGGCCGAAGCUGCGGGGGCCAGCGCUGAAGAAAUCAUCUACAGGAUUGCAGAGGAUGACCCUCACUUUGGGGAUGUGGUCCUCCUGGUGAACAUGCCUGCAGACAGCCCAGCUGAGACAGGGCAGCACCUACCCGAUGGGAGGACAGCUACCCCCACCAGCACCUUCACCCAGCAAGACAUCAACGAAGGCAUAGUAUGGUACAGGCAUUCUGGAGCCCCAGGCCAGAGCGACUCCUUCCGCUUCCAGGUGUCCAGGGCUACAGACGCGCAGGCCCACUUGGAGAGCCGCACGUUCAACAUCGCGAUCUUGCCGCAGACGCCGGAAGCACCCCGCCUCUCUGUGGGGAGGUCUCUCCAUAUGACAGCACGGGAAGAUGGCCUGACCGUCAUCCAGCCUCAUUCCCUCUCCUUUGUUAACUCCGAAAAGCCAAGUGGGAAGAUUGUAUAUAACAUUACCCUCCCUCUGCCCCCAAAUCAAGGACUCAUCGUGCACCGGGACCAGCCUCAGGUUCCCAUCCGGUAUUUCACGCAGGAAGAUAUUAACCUGGGCAAAAUCCUGUACCGUCCUCCCGCUGCAGCCCCGCACCUGCAGGAGAUCAUGGCCUUCUCCUUCGCUGGUCUGCCAGAGUCAGUAAAGUUUCAUUUCACAGUUUCAGAUGGAGAGCACACAGGUCCAGAGCUGGUCCUCACCAUUCACUUACUUCGCACUGAUGGGCAGCCUCCCGUCUUCCAGGUCACGGCUCCCCUGCUUCGUGUCAGCCCAGGAGGCAGCACUUCGCUAGGGCUUCGGUCGGUGGUGGAAGCUGCUGAGACCACAGCUGAAGACCUCUUCUUCGAGCUCCGGAGGCCUCCCGCGCAUGGGGUGCUCCUUAAGCACACAGCUGAGUUCCAGGGGCCCAUGGCCACAGGCGACACUUUCACUCAGGAGGAAAUGGAGAAAAAUGCUGUGCAGUAUGUGCAUGACGGCUCCUCCGCCCAGGAAGACAGCAUGGAGAUCUCAGUCACAGAUGGCCUCGCAGCCAUGACGUUGGAAGUGAGAGUGGAGGUGUCACCGUCCGAGGCCCGAAGACCUCAGCUGGCCGCAGCUUCCUCUCUGAGCAUUACCGUUGCUAGUCAACGAACAGCCGUGAUCACCAGGGCGCACCUUGCAUACGUGGAUGAUUCUUCACCUGAUUCUGAGAUCUGGAUUCAGUUACGUUCUCUGCCCACGUAUGGCUCUCUCUUAAAAACCUCAGGACCUGAGGUGGAAGAACUCUCAGAGACUUCCAAUUUCACAAUGGAAGACAUCAACAAUAAGAACAUCAGGUACUCGGCUGUGUUUGAGACAGAUGGCCGUCUGGUUACUGACAGCUUCCAGUUUUCCGUGUCUGAUGCAGACCACAACCAUCUGGACAAUCAGAUGUUCACCAUCCUGAUCACCCCUGCUGAGAAUCCACCCCCAGUCAUUGCUUUUGCUGACCUCAUCACGGUUGAGGAGGGAGGGAGAGCCCCCCUCUCAUUUCACCAUUUCUUUGCCACUGAUGAUCAGGACAACCUCCAAGGAGAUGCUGUCAUUAAACUAAGUGCCUUGCCCAAAUACGGCUGCAUUGAGAACACAGGCACAGGUGAUCGUUUUGGCCCAGGAACUACCAGUGACCUAGAGGCAUCGUUCCCUAUCCAAGAUGUCUUGGAAAAUUCCAUUUACUAUUUCCAGAGUGUUCACGAAAGCAUUGAGCCAACCCAUGAUAUUUUUAGUUUUUAUGUGAGUGAUGGAACCAGUCGUUCAGAAACUCACAGCAUCAACAUCACCAUUGAGAGAAGGAACGAUGAGCCACCGAGAAUGACCUUGCGGCCACUCAGCGUGCACCUGAGCUCAGGAGUGGUGAUAAGCAAUUCUUCUUUGAGCCUACAAGACCUGGACACUCCAGAUAAUGAGCUGAUCUUUGUAUUGACAAAGCUGCCUGACCACGGUCAUCUUCUGCGGAGACUUAGUGCUUCUGAGCCCCUAGAGAGUGGGAUGGUUUUGGUCCAGGGCUCUUCCUUUACCUACCAGGAUGUCCUGGCUGGGCUGAUUGGAUACCUGCUUAGCAACCCUGGAAUGGCGGUGGAUGAGUUCCAGUUCUCCCUCACUGAUGGCCUGCAUGUGGACAUGGGGAGGAUGGAGAUCCACGUGGAGCUGCCUACCAGUGCUUCCCCCCACUUGGUUAUCAACCGAGGCCUACAGCUCUCAGCAGGGUCUGUAGCACGCAUCACAGAACAGCACUUGAAAGUGACAGAUGCCGACUCAGAUGACCUUCAGGUUAUGUACAUCAUGAAAGAAGAUCCUGGCACAGGGCACCUGCAGAUGGUUAAACAAGACAACCUGCAGCAAAUCUCUGUGAGAGGGCCCCUCCGAAGUUUCACACAGGCAGACAUUAGCCAAGGACUAGUAGAAUACAGUCACGGAGCAGGAGAGCCUGGUGGGAACUUUGCUUUUACAUUUGACGUGGUCGAUGGUGAAGGCAACAGAUUGAUGGACCAGUUAUUUUCCAUCAGUGUUGUAGAUGACAAAUCCCCACCUGUCAUCAUCACCAACAAAGGGCUGGUCUUGGAUGAAAACUCAGUGAAGAAAAUCACUACUCUGCAGCUCUCUGCCACCGACCUGGACAGCGAGCCUGCACAACUGGUCUACAGAAUAAUUAAGCAGCCCCAGCUGGGCCGCCUGGAACAUGCCAUGUCACCAGGUCUCCAGCUUAGUUCCUUUACUCAAGCUGACCUGACGUCCCGAAAUGUCCAGUAUGUCCAUUCCAGCGAGACCGAGAAGCAUUCCGAUGCCUUCACCUUUACGCUGAGCAAUGGCGUCAGUGAGGUGACGCAGACAUUCCACAUCACCCUUCACCCCGUGGAUGACUCGCUGCCGGUCGUGCAGAACUCGGGGAUGCGAGUGCAGGAGGGAGUGAGGAAGACGAUCACAGAGUUUGAGCUCCAGGCGGUAGAUGCGGACACUGAGGCGGAGUCUGUGCUGUUCACCGUUGUGCAGCCCCCACGCCAUGGCAGCAUCGAGCGGACCUCCAGGGGGCAGCACUCCCACCUGGCCUCCACCUUCACCAUGGAAGACAUCUACCAGAAGCGCGUGAGCUACAGCCAUGAUGGAAGCAACUCCCUCCGAGACUGGUUCAGCUUCACUGUUUCUGAUGGCACAAACCCAUUCUUUAUCGUCGAGGAAGGAGGGAGAGAGAUCCGGACGGCGGCACCUCAGCAGUUCCGAGUAGACAUCCUGCCAGUGGAUGAUGGCACCCCUAGAAUUGUCACCAACCUGGGCCUCCAGUGGCUGGAGUAUAUGGAUGGCAAGGCAACCAACUUGAUCACCAAGAAGGAACUGCUGACCAUGGACCCAGACACAGAGGACCCACAGCUUGUCUAUGAGAUAACCAUGGGCCCCAGGCAUGGCUACGUGGAGAACAAGCUGCAGCCUGGCAGAGCUACCACGACGUUUACCCAGGAGGAUGUGAACUUGGGGUUGAUUCGUUACGUGUUGCAGGAAGAGAAGAUCCAUGAGAUGAUGGACAGUUUCCAGUUCCUGGUGAGAGACAGUAAACCCAACGUGGUCAGCGACAAUGUCUUCCAUAUCCAGUGGUCCCUCAUCAGCUUUAAAUAUACCAGCUACAACGUCAGUGAGAAGGCAGGGUCUGUGAGUGUUACCGUGCAGAGGACUGGGAACCUGAACCAGUAUGCCAUCGUCCUGUGUCGUACCGAGCAAGGCACUGCGAAAUCCAGCUCCAGGGUUGGCUCCCAGCCUGGACAGCAGGACUACGUGGAGUAUGCUGGCCAGGUGCAGUUUGACGAACGAGAGGACACCAAGUCCUGCACCAUCGUCAUCAACGAUGACGACGUGUUUGAGAAUGUUGAGAGUUUCACUGUGGAGCUCAGCAUGCCAGCGUACGCCCUCUUAGGGGAGUUCACCCAGGCGAAGGUCAUUAUCGAUGACACUGAGGACGAACCCACAUUAGAGUUUGAUAAGAAGACCUACCGGGUCAACGAGAGUGCUGGUUUUCUGUUUGCACCUAUUGAAAGAAAAGGAGAUUCGAGCAGCAUCGUGUCUGCAGUUUGCUACACGGUGCCUAAAUCGGCUCUGGGAAGCAGCCUCCACGCUUUAGAAUCGGGCUCUGAUUUUAAAUCCAGAGGGAGGACUGCUGAGAGUCGGGUGAUUUUCGGGCCUGGUGUGACCAUGUCCACCUGUGACGUCAUGCUCAUUGACGACAGCGAGUAUGAAGAGGAAGAGGAAUUUGAGAUUGCCCUGGCCGAUGCUUCCGACAACGCCCGCGUCGGAAGGGUGGCGACCGCCAAGGUGCUCAUCAGCGGUCCCAAUGAUGCCUCCACAGUCUCCCUGGGCAACACAGCCUUCACUGUCAGUGAGGAUGCAGGCACAGUAAAGAUUCCGGUUAUCCGCCAUGGAACCGACCUCUCCACUUUCACGUCUGUCUGGUGCGCCACGCGACCCUCGGACCCAGCUUCUGCCACUCCAGGUGUCGACUACGUGCCCAGCUCUAGGAAGGUGGAGUUUGGGCCUGGUGCCACCGAGCAGCAUUGCACCUUGACUAUCUUGGAUGAUACUCAGUAUCCAGUCAUUGAGGGACUGGAGACAUUCGUGGUUUUCCUCAGCUCAGCACAAGGAGCCGAACUGACCAAACCCUUCCAGGCUGUCAUUGCGAUUAAUGACACAUUCCAGGAUGUGCCCAGCAUGCAGUUUGGCAAGGAUCUGCUCCUGGUGAAGGAGAAGGAGGGCGUCCUGCACGUUCCUAUCAUCCGGAGUGGAGACCUGAGCUAUGAGUCGUCCGUGAGGUGCUAUACUCAGAGCCACACGGCUCAGGUCAUGGAGGAUUUUGAGGAGAGAAGAAAUGCAGACUCUUCCCGGAUCACAUUUCUGAAAGGGGAGAAGGUGAAGAACUGUACUGUCUACAUCCAUGAUGACUCCAUGUUUGAGCCAGAGGAGCAGUUCAAGGUCUACCUUGGCCACCCUCUUGGAAACCACUGGAGUGGAGCUAGAGUCGGAAAGAAUAACAUGGCCACCAUCACCAUAUCCAACGAUGAAGAUGCCCCCACCAUAGAGUUUGAAGAAGCUGCAUAUCAAGUCCGGGAACCUGCAGGACCAGAUGCCAUUGCAAUUCUCAACAUCAAGGUGAUCCGCAGAGGGGAUCAGAACAGGACCUCCAAGAUUCGCUGUAGCACACGUGAUGGGUCUGCCCAGUCUGGUGUGGAUUAUUACCCAAAGAGCCGAGUCUUGAAGUUCAAUCCUGGUGUGGAUCAUAUCUUUUUUAAAGUCGAGAUCCUGUCCAACGAAGACCGGGAGUGGCACGAAUCGUUCUCUCUAGUCCUCGGUCCAGAUGACCCGGUGGAAGCAGUACUUGGGGACGUGACCACUGCCACGGUGACAAUUCUAGACCAGGAGGCAGCAGGAAGCCUCAUACUGCCAGCACCACCCAUUGUGGUCACCCUUGCUGACUAUGACCAUGUGGAAGAGGUCUCCAAGGAUGGAGCCAAGAAGUCGCCCUCUCCAGGCUACCCCCUGGUCUGUGUCACCCCCUGUGACCCUCACUUCCCCCGAUACGCUAUCAUGAAGGAGCGCUGCAGCGAGGCAGGCAUCAAUCAGACAUCUGUGCAGUUCAGCUGGGAAGUGGCCACCCCCACGGAUGGCAAUGGGGCCCGGUCGCCCUUUGAGACCGUCACUGACAACACGCCGUUCACCAGUGUCAACCACAUGGUCCUGGAUAGCAUUUACUUCAGCCGGAGGUUCCACGUGCGUUGUGUGGCAAAAGCUGUGGACAAGGUGGGCCACGUGGGGACCCCCCUAAGGAGCAACAUUGUGACCAUCGGAACAGACAGUGCAAUCUGCCACACCCCAGUGGUGGCUGGGACAGCCAGAGGCUUCCAGGCUCAGUCCUUCAUCGCAACUUUGAAAUACCUGGAUGUCAAACACAAGGAGCAUCCAAACAGGAUCCACAUCUCGGUGCAGAUCCCACACCAGGACGGAAUGCUGCCCCUCGUGUCCACCAUGCCACUGCACAACUUGCACUUCCUGUUAUCCGAGUCCAUCUACAGGCACCAGCAUGUCUGCUCCAACUUAGUCACCACCCACGACCUCAGAGGUAUCUCAGAGGCAGGGUUCCUGGACGACGUGGCCUAUGACAGCACCGCCCUGGGUCCUGGCUAUGACCGCCCCUUCCAGUUUGACCCCAGCGUGCGAGAGCUGAAGACCAUCCAGCUCUACAAGCACCUCAACCUGAAGAGCUGCGUGUGGACCUUUGACGCCUACUAUGACAUGACCGAGUUGAUUGACGUCUGUGGGGGCUCUGUGACUGCUGACUUUCAGGUGAGAGACUCGGCUCAGUCCUUCCUGACCGUGCAUGUGCCCCUCUACGUGUCCUACAUCUACGUGACCGCCCCCCGCGGCUGGGCCUCCUUGGAGCACCACACCGAGAUGGAGUUUUCCUUCUUCUAUGACACCGUUCUCUGGAGAACAGGAAUCCAGACGGACAGUGUGCUCUCUGCGAGGCUGCAGAUAAUAAGAAUCUAUAUUCGAGAAGAUGGUCGUCUCGUCAUUGAAUUCAAGACCCAUGCCAAGUUCAGAGGGCAGUUUGUGAUGGAGCACCACACUCUCCCGGAUGUGAAAUCUUUCAUCCUCACUCCCGACCACCUGGGAGGAAUUGAGUUUGACCUGCAGCUGCUGUGGAGUGCGCAGACCUUUGAUUCUCCCUACCAGCUCUGGAGGGCCACAAGCUCCUACAACAGGAAGGACUACUCGGGGGAAUACACCAUCUACCUGAUCCCUUGUACGGUGCAGCCCACACAGCCGUGGGUUGACCCAGGCGAGAAGCCUUUGGCCUGUACUGCACAUGCCCCGGAAAGAUUCCUGAUACCCAUUGCGUUCCAGCAGACCAACCGCCCUGUGCCUGUAGUGUAUUCGCUCAACACUGAAUUUCAGCUCUGCAAUAACGAAAAGGUGUUCCUGAUGGAUCCCAACACAUCUGACAUGUCCCUGGCAGAGAUGGACUACAAAGGAGCCUUCUCUAAAGGUCAGAUCCUCUAUGGCCGAGUACUUUGGAAUCCAGAACAAAACCUUAAUUCUGCUUACAAGCUGCAGCUGGAGAAAGUCUAUCUGUGCACCGGCAGGGAUGGCUACGUGCCUUUCUUUGACCCCACAGGGACUGUCUACAACGAAGGGCCACAGUAUGGAUGCAUUCAGCCCAACAAACACCUGAAACACAGAUUCCUGCUCUUGGACCGCAGUCAGCCAGAGGUCACAGAUAAAUACUUCCACGAUGUACCUUUUGAGGCCCACUUUGCUUCCGAGCUGCCUGACUUCCAUGUGGUCAGCAGCAUGCCAGGUGUGGAUGGCUUCACUCUCAAAGUUGAUGCCCUCUACAAGGUGGAGGCAGGACACCAGUGGUAUCUCCAGGUAAUCUACAUUAUUGGCCCUGACACCAUCGCAGGGCCCCGGGUCCAGCGCUCUCUCACAGCCACCCUGAGACGCCACCGAAGGGACCUGGUGGACCCCAGUGGCCAACUGACCCUUGACGAUUCCCUCAUCUAUGACAAUGAAGGGGACCAAGUCAAGAAUGGCACGAACAUGAAGUCCCUGAAUCUGGAGAUGCAAGAGCCCAUUGUGGCCGCUUCCCUGUCCCAGACUGGGGCGUCCAUUGGCAGUGCCCUGGCUGCCAUCAUGCUCCUACUUCUGGUGUUUUUGGUGGCUUGUUUUAUCACCAGGAAAUGCCAGAAACAGAGGAAGCAACAACCAUCAGAGGACAUUUCGGAGGAAUACCCUCUGAAUACCAAGGUGGAGGUGCCCAAGAGGAACCCGGACAGGGUGGAGAAGAACGUGAAUAGACAGUACUGCACCGUGCGGAACGUCAACCUGCUCAGUGAUGCACAGGGGGUGUACACGUUCAAGGGGGCUAAAGUGAAGAAACUGAAUCUAGAAGUCAGAGUCCACAACAACCUACAAGACGGAACGGAAGUUUAAUGGCGGGGACCCGUGUGUAUUUUUUCUAAAGUCAUUUUUAUAAAACAAGGGGAAAUACUGGUAUUUUUGUAAUCUUGCAGAUUAAAAAAAGGGAAGACUGUAGCUUUGAGUGGCACCUGGCACACAUCACAUGCAUCAACUCACAACUGAGCUACCUCAUGAAGCAAAGAACCACUGAGACCCCCUCUCCCCCCAGUGUUGGAGUAGUCACUUCGAUGGAUCCCUCCAAUAGCUUCAGCAGCUCCUUCCGUGUGGCUGAUCUUAGAAACAAGUAUUCUAGUUAUCAGGACAGAUGUGAGACAGGUUAGCCGGUGGUUUUCAGAGGACUGGGGCAUGGGCCAUGGCAGAUCCCUAGGAAACUAGGGUGUGUUGCAUAGUCUUUGGCCUCCCACCAACACCCCAACUUUCUUCUUCCUGGGCUUCCAGGCAGCAGAAGACAAGUCAGUGACACCCAGAUUCCAUCCAAAAUUGUGCUCAUCAGCACGAUGUAGAUAUCUGCUCACUUCCCCCUCGACGUAACACUGCCACGGCCUCUUUGCUCUUCCUGAGUCCAUUCCCCCUGGGAGUCUCCAUGUGCUUUAGAUGAGCAACUUCUCUGCACUUCACAGGAGAAACCCUGGGUCUUUUCUGUCAGACUCCAGCACAGAGGACUUCCCCUUACAAGGGGGGGGGGGUGCUGAAACCCUGGGCAAGGAAGGGCCUGGCCAGCUUCUCAACUCACAGGAGUGACGGCUUCACUCGAGGCCUGGCGUGAUGUCUCCAUUUCUCACUGGUGAACACUGCACUGAAACAUCCCUCCUGACAGAUACUGCAAACAGGAUCGGUACACCGUGGCCUUGGUAGUCAGCAUCACCACCCUUUCCUGUUGCACCCAGGCUUAGGCUUGUCCAUUACUAUACUGGGCCAAGUGCUCUGGAGCUGUUGGUAUUUAAUUUUGUUGUUUCAGGAUAGUAAGUGAUUCAGUUAAAUAUGGCACGUUAGGAGACAGCCGAGGUCAAGGUCAAGUCAAACAUACACACGUUCUCUUUGCUGUGUGUAUCAUAGCAAAUACCUCCCUGCUACUGUAUUUCAAGGAUUUCUCUUUGGGGGGAGGGUUCUUUUUUGGUAGCUCAGGCACUUUUUUUUUUUUUUUACCCCAUCAGCUCAUGACAAGGCCAUCAAUACAUGGCUUUCAAGUGAUUUGUGCUCUAAUAUCAGCUUAACGCUUGUGAGUAGCGUGUACACAGUUUGCUUUUGUGUUUUGCUUCUGCAUUAUUGACAAGAAUACAAGCAUGCAUGUCAUGUUUUGAAUCAGAGGCACAAUUCCAUUCCUUAGGAGGAAACCCAUGCUGUCUCCCAGAUGCAUGGCACACUAUGAUCACCCAGCAAAUAACGGCAUUCACCUUGCGUAACACUUGUAGUAGGAUGACUCAAGCUCUCUGAGAACAUUCCAAACAGAACACACCCUGGUACUAAAAGCCAGCAGGAAUAGCCAUGAAAGGGUGCAGGAAACCACUAGACUCCAGCUCCUUACGUAGGACCUGUGUGAGCCAUGCCUUUGUUCUUCAGCAGUGCCUUGCACAUUACAAGCACUCCAGAAAUAUUUGUUGAGUGAGUAAUAAAUGGUGUAAUGAGUGAGUGAAAGAAAAGCUUAGGGCGGGGAAGUGAGAGGACGGUAGCAAUGUCACGAGGGUGGGUAGAGGAAAACAAUUCUCUCUUCUACUUGAAUUGUGAAGUCUUCUAGUUGGAAGAAACACUCCUUUAUAUAGGCAUGAUGUGGCUGUGGCCUUAAGGAGACCUCAACAGGGAAGUUGUAUUAAUGUGUUAGCAAGAAGGGAGCCUGAAUCAGCAUCCAGAACAGGAGACUCACAGGGAAGUCUCAGCUUUCUGGGGUGAGAGAAGGUUUCAGGAGGGGAGGGGUGGAGGUGAGCCUGUGAACUCUUGUCUGGUCAGGAGCAGCAUGAGCAAUUUGGGGCAGAACUCCUGGAGCAUCCUUGUGGACGUUCAGGACCGGUGGCUCAUGGCUGGAGAGCUGAUCAGCCAGCACAGAAUCUUUUUCAGAAUGAACUGGAGGGUACAUGUUGAUGAACAAGGACACGGAGCCAACCACUGGUAGAGCAACUUUGCAUUGGGCUAGCCAGAACGCUUACACAGGAAAACACCACCUUUCCAUCUGCUUACAUAUCCUUCUUGCACACUCCUUCCAUGACUCCUAAAUAGGGCACACGCAUGGGAAGAAUGCACACAGGUCACAGAAUGAGGCUGCUAUGUGGAGGUAUAAGGACAGAGCCAUAGAGUGCUGCCAGCAGCCUCCAGUAUGAGUUCUGCAGUGACAAGGGCAACACCCUGUGAUGACCUGGCAAUGGUGAACUCUAAAAAGAAAGCCCACGGACUAUCACUGCCUCUCGUUCUUUCUACCCUUCACCCCACUGCAUAUGCUUUGUUGAAUGCCAGUACUGCUUUAGUGGACGCACGCUUGUUAAAUAGGAAGUGUUAAGAUACAUGGGGUUGAGAUUUACCCGUUGGGUAUAGAAUCAUUCAUUUAUGUGUCACACUUCAUCUUAGCGAUCGGAUAAUUGGGUGACUAAUAAGGAUGGUAUUUCAGUUUCUAUAACUUGCUCACUAAUGCUUUGUGUGUUACUAACCAUUGAUAUCAUGCAUUCAGGUAAGAAGGAACAAAACUCCCUCUGGGGUUGCUACCAGAUAUUGCAUGCUGGCUGUGCGGGUUGAAAGAAUGAAUGGUCAGCACCGUUUUUCUGCCUUGCUGCCCCUGUAUUAUACCCUAGGCUUCUGCUGGAGGCCUCCUGCAGAUUCUUUCUGUUGGAUGGGAAAUAGUGUUGGGAUGUGUUUGCACAAUCUUUGAUGUUCAGCCUCAGUCUCCUAUAGGUAUUUGUUAUUUUUUGGUACUACACACCUGCUCAGACUGAGUGAAACAUUUGUGGUGCUGUCAACCUGAUUUCUUGACCCUAAAUGAUUUUUGUAUUUCUAAUAUGAAUUUGUGUGUUAUGAAUUUCUGAUAUCUCCAAUAGCAUAUACCAUUAUAUGAAUUUGUAUUAAUAAAUAACAUUCUGGUUA